AUGGUAGUCGGAAAGGCGAAGAGAGACCAGUCUUUGGAGGAGUUGCGGGAACACAUCCACAGAUACUACAUACCGUUAGGUCGUCAGUUCAUGGUGCUGUUCCCUGAAGGUGGAUUUCUCCAUAAGAGGAGGGAGGUCAGCCAGAGGUUUGCCGAGAAGAACAAUUUACCGAAACUGGAAUAUGUCUCGCUGCCGAGGGCCGGUGCGAUGAAGGUCAUAAUGGAAGAAGUUGGCCCACGCAGAGACGAAGGAGCUAGCACUUCCAAGGAGAAUUCAAAAAGAGAUAACAAUUGCAACCAGAACAACGUGAAAAAGAUUGUCGACACAAAAGCCGGUGACAGCAUAGAGUGGAUACUGGAUGUCACCAUCGCAUAUCCAGAUCGCAUCCCGCUGCAUCUUCAGGAUAUAGUGUGCGGCACCAGGCCACCCUGCGCCACUCACCUACAUUAUAGGCUGUAUCCAAGCAGUGAGGUUCCAUCGGACGUUGAAGGAAUGACUCAAUGGCUGUACGACAGGUUCAUUGAGAAGGACAAAAUGCUCGAAGAGUUCUAUCGCACUGGCCAGUUCCCAACCAGGGGGAACAACACAAUGGUGCGACAAGUACGUCAGGACAACCUGCGCUACGUGAUACUGCAUUUAUUCUUCAUAGCGUCAACCUUCUUACAGUACAAGAUCUUUUGUGAACUAUGGAGCUACCUCUGG